AUUUGGGAAAUAAGUUAUUUGGUUUGAACCAAACUUACAGAGGCCACUGCCCUCAGGGAAUAAAGACGGUCAGAGAUAAAAGACAACACCAGUGUGGGUCGGCUCACUGCCAGGGUGCUCGGUGGAGAGAGAAAAACAGCACGAUUGCUUCAUUAACCUUUUAAUUCCUACUUAAAAGGCUAUGCAGAAUAUGUAGGUGCUGAUCAUUUGGGACUUUUAGUGAAUUUCAUUAGCUAAGAAUACAUUUAGUUUUUUCUUAUCCAGUUAAUCAGGUUUUUAUCUUUAUCCCGUGUGUUUAACAUUUUAUUUCAGAUGGGUGACACGUUGGAAAUGAUGCUCCUGUUCACAUCAGAUUUUCUACUUUUUAAAACUUUUUUUUCUGUGUGUAUAUACCACUUUGUCCUUUUCCUUUCCCCUUUAUGUUUUUUUUUUUUUUUGGGGGGGGGUUCUUUUUGCUUAGCAUGUAUAAAGAGAAAAAUUCUUUUUCUAAAGAAUACAUACUUAACUUUGAACUAAGGCCUCCUAAUGAUAACACCAUUAGCCAAUGGAUGGUCAUUGGCCUAAAGCUUAUAAAUAUUCUAAUGAAGAAACACUUUGGGAUGUUUUAUAUUAUUCAGUUCCUAAAAGAGCCAGUAAGUGUAAAGCCUGUUACCUCCAGUUAGUACCAACCGACCUUAGCUACAGUCCUGACUCUUUGGUGUUACCAAAUACAGUAAUUUCACUGAUGACAAUGUAUUUAUUGUGGUUUUAAAAAUACCAAACAAUUUAUGAUCUCACUAUAGUAUAUUUAGUUUACAGUCUUGAUGAAAUUGUUAAAUCAUUUAGAAAGGAACUUUUUUCCCUUAGAUCCUUGGUCUAUAAUUCUGCUUGCCUUUUGAAAACGUAUUUACAAAGAAUAUAUUUCUAUUUUUUUAUAAUUCCCUCAAAAUAGCAAUACUGUUAAAGAAAAUAUCCGUGUGCAAUAUGCCCGCCAGGAAUUAGUAUUGAUAUAUUGUCAGAGGUCAUGAACCUUUUCCAUAAAGGGCUACAUAAUAUUUUAGGCCUUUGCAUGCUGAAUGGUUUUGGUCAAAACUGCUCAACUCCACUGUUGUAGCUCAAAAACAGCCAAAGACAAUACUAAACAGGUGAACAAAUAAGCAAAGUUGUGUUCCCAUAAAACUUAAUUUACAAAAAGGGUGAUUAUCCAGGUUUUGGACAGAUUUGGCCUGUGGGUUAUGGUUUGCACAGACCCCUGCUAUAAAUGCUUGUACAUACAAAUUUGAGGUUUUUUUUGCUAAAGAUUAAUUUACUUAGAUGAAUAAAAUGGGCAUAGGUGGGAAUAUAAAUAAGACAAGGAGGAGGAAAAUAAACCCUGUGUAAGAGAUACUCUUUGUAAUACUUCUAAGUUACAGAGUUUAAAAGGAUACUUAGGAAGUCUUGAAUUAAAUACUCAAGACCAUUAAGAGGAUAUCCAACAGCAAAAGAGUAGCCACAGGAAAGGCUUAAUCAGCUUUGAUACUAAAUAGGGACAAGGAUGAGGGUUGAACUUGUAAAUUCUACUUUUGAUUAUAAGAGCCCUGUGAUUACAACAUGGCACCAGAGUGUGUGUUCCUUCCACCCUUUCCACCUUGCUAUUUCUAGGUAAGUUAGCAGCUGACUGACACAAAGGCUUGUUAUGAGAAGAUUUUUGCUCAGUGUAACAGAGCGGAAUUUUACCCCCUGUGAUUAGUUUAUGUCUUAGUAUAUUUGCAGUUUUUAAAUUAUGUAUUGGGAAACGAUUUAUUGCUGUAAAAAUGCAGUCAUUUUUAAGAAUUUUAAAAAAUCAGGAUGUCUUACUUCUUAAGACAAUGGACUGGAUUAGUCAUUCUUCUGAGAAAUUUAGAUUGCAUUAAUAUAGGGUGACAAGCAUACUCAAGACAUGAAUAUUUUCAGAAGUUUAUUGAACUAUAGCCAGUUCUCAUUAUAAAAUAAUUUUUAAAGUGCUGUGUCUUAUGUUUUAUUUUGGAAUAGUAUGUUUUAAGUGAGUGAGAAAUGCUAAAUCAUCCUGACUAAAUAGGAUUUUGAAGAUUUCCCAGAGGAAUUGGAAACUAGGUAAUUUUAUAAUGGAAUUGAAAAAUUCUUCUCGACCAUUCUGGAAGUAAAAAUUGAUAAUGGAUAUGAUUUUAAUUGAUGAGCAGUCAUCUAGUGUGACCUUAGGAAAACUUCACUGUACAUAGGUUGCUGAAAAUUAAUAUGGUUUUUGGUUUAAAAAAUGUAAGCUUAUUAGCAUUUAUGGGAAAUAAUUUGAAAGUGAUUUAAAAAGUGAUUUCUUUACUUUUUUUCCCCUUGAAUUCUUUAUUCAGUUUUGAUCAGCUUGCCACAGUAAAAUUGUUAAAUUUUGUGUCUUGAGAUCAAAGAGUACGUGAAUCAUUAUGUCCAUGUGGACAUUGUGUUUUUGUAUUUUAAAGUUCUUGCUGUGACACUGACACAUUACUGCCUUUUCAUUUGUCUGUUUGAAUGGCAGGUGUCUAUUAUGUCUAGAAAGUAGCCAGUGGAAUUAGUGGAUCAAAAAGCCCCACUCUAAGUGAUUAGUAGGAAAACCUACUUAAAAAAUAUUACUGUAUAAUGUGCUGGUCUUCCACCCUCUUGAGGAGUUAGUAGGACUAAAAUAUUUUCAUGAGGAACGUGGCUCUGCAAAAAAUACUUCAGGAUAUUGGGAUAGUAAAACCUGAGUACUUUAUAGCCAAGUGAUUUGGUCUAAAUACCGCUUUUGUUUUCUGACUCUUGUAGUUGACUUCCAUUUAAUUGGAAAUUGUUUUGUCUGUUGGCUAAAGGAAAAUUGCCUUUUCAGUGUCACAACAUGGCUUUGAGUCAUAAAGGAGGAUGAUAUGCAGUUGAUCCUCACUUUUCACAGGUUCGACAUUUGUGAAUUCUGCUCGCUAGAAUUUAUUUAUAACCCCACGGUAAUUCCCUGCAGAACCUGUGCAUUCGUUCAUGGACACACGCACUGUGGCGAGAGAUAGGAGUCUCCUGAUGCACGUGCUCCAAGCUGAGGUCAAGCAAGACUCCGUUUUUUUGCUAAGAUUGACUUUGCCUCAGCAUCAACAAACUCUUCAUCUAAGAUUGGUUCCUGUGUGUCAUAUAUUUACAAGUCAGUGGAAAUUACAAGUCAGCACAUACAAACUGAAAAGCCAAAUAAGGAAAUGUAAUCCUUCUCUUGACAGUUCUAAUUUAACUUGGCUAAAGCCAGUUUUUAGGUUGACUUGGGCAGAAAAGUGAAAAGAGAAUGCUCCACUUUAACCGAUGUCCGCAUCUGAAACAAAUAGCCCAGAAAUGUUUUCCUAGUGUACAUGUUAGAACGGAUAAACAUGUGCAGCUGUUUCUUUCAAGAACCUUUGCACUUGCAGAAUUCAGGAAGUCAUGGCACUCAACCCACUCUCUUGUCGGAGACAAAAAUAUUAUCCUGAUGGGACCUCCUGGUGCUGGGAAAACAACAGUAGGCAGAAUAAUAGGUCAGAAACUAGGUUGUUGUGUCAUAGAUGUGGAUGAUGAUAUCCUUGAAAAAACCUGGAAUAUGAGUGUGUCUGAAAAAUUACAGGAUGUUGGUAAUGAGCAAUUUUUAGAAGAGGAAGGAAAAGCUGUGUUAAACUUCUCUGCAUCUGGAAGUGUGAUUUCCCUUACUGGGUCCAAUCCAAUGCAUGAUGCUAGCAUGUGGCAUCUGAAGAAAAAUGGGAUAAUUGUAUACCUGGACGUACCUCUAAUAGAUCUGGUCAGUCGUUUAAAAUUCAUGAAAGUAGAUAGGAUUGUAGGUCAGAAUGCUGGCACAUCUAUGAAAGACUUACUUAAAUUUAGAAGACAGUAUUAUAAGAAAUGGUACGAUACCCGUGUUUUUUGUGAAAGUGGGGCUUCCCCAGAGGAGGUAGCUGACAAAGUGCUUAAUGCAGUUAAAAGAUACCAAGAUGUGGACUCAGAAACGUUCAUUUCAACAAGACACAAUUGGCCUAAAGACUGCAAGCAGAAGGUCUCAACAAAAUUCUUUAGUGAAGCAGUGAUUGAGGGGUUAGCUUCUGAUGGUGGACUCUUCGUUCCUGAGAAGGAGUUUCCAAAAUUAAACUGUAGGGAGUGGAAAAGCCUCGUAGGAGCAACCUACAUAGAAAGAGCACAAAUACUAUUGGAAAAGUGUAUACAUCCUGCUGACAUACCUGCUGCCAGAUUGGGAGAAAUGAUUGAAACUGCUUAUGGGGAAAACUUUGCCUGCUCAAAAAUCGCCCCUGUCAGGCACCUUUCAGGCAACCAGUUCAUCCUGGAGCUGUUUCAUGGACCAACAGGAUCAUUUAAAGAUUUGUCUUUACAGCUUCUGCCUCAUCUGUUUGCACACUGUAUUCCACCAAGCUGCAAUUAUAUGAUACUUGUAGCUACGUCAGGAGACACGGGCAGCGCAGUCUUAAAUGGCUUUAGUCGUAUUAAUAAGAAUCACAAGCAAAGAAUAGCCGUGGCCACAUUUUUCCCUGAAAAUGGAGUAAGUGAUUUUCAAAAAGCACAAAUAAUUGGCAGCCAGAAAGAAAAUGGGUGGGCAGUGGGUGUCAAGUCAGAUUUUGAUUUUUGCCAGACAGCUAUAAAAAGAAUUUUUAAAGAUUCGGACUUUACUGGCUUUCUUAUUAUGGAACAUGGAACUAUCUUAAGUUCAGCUAAUUCCAUCAACUGGGGCCGACUGCUUCCCCAAGUAGUUUAUCAUGCUUCUGCAUAUCUUGAUCUUGUUAGCCAAGGAUUUAUUUCUUUUGGAAGCCCAGUGGAUGUCUGUAUUCCCACAGGAAACUUUGGUAACAUUUUAGCAGCAGUGUAUGCCAAAAUGAUGGGAAUCCCUAUUCGAAAAUUUAUUUGUGCCUCUAAUCAGAACCAUGUUCUGACUGAUUUUAUAAAAACAGGACAUUAUGAUCUGAGGGAAAGAAAAAUAACUCCUACCUUUUCACCAUCAAUAGAUAUUCUUAAAGCUUCAAACCUGGAACGACAUUUACACAUGAUGGCUAAUAAAGAUGGAGGGUUAAUGACAAAAUUAUUUAAUCAACUAGAAGAGCAGCAGCACUUCCAGAUAGACAAGAUGCUAGUUGAGAAACUUCAGCAGGAUUUUGUAGCCGACUGGUGCUCUGAGAGAGAGUGCCUUGCAGCUAUUCAUUCCACCUACAAUACUUCAGGGUAUAUUCUGGAUCCACACACUGCGGUUGCAAAAGUGGUUGCGGACAGAAUGCAAGACAAAACUUGCCCAGUGAUUGUCUCAUCUACAGCUCAUUACUCAAAGUUUGCACCUGCUAUCAUGCAGGCUUUAAAGAUUAAAGAAAUCAACCAUACUUCAUCAAGUCAGCUUUAUUUACUGAGUUCAUACAAUGCAUUACCUCCACCUCAUGAAGCUUUAUUAGAAAGAAUGAAGCAGCAAGAGAAGAUGGAGUACCAGGUCUGUGCAGCUGAUGUGGACGUCCUAAAGAAUCAUGUGGAAAAACUAAUACAAAGUCAAUUCAUAUAAAAAUGUUUUGAGUAAAGUAUUUUUUUCUGGUGAUAAGCAUGCAAUAAUAAAUCACAAACAUUGAUUUGGAGUA